AGAAUACACCAUACCACAUAACGGCAUUAAAAUACACUGAGCUGCUAUUAAAUGGAGCUGCCACCCAGCAAAAUCCAAAUGUAAUUGUCAAAACACAGGCUGCUGGCAACGCCGAUCUGAAUUUUACACAUUUCUCCCAUAUUUAUACAAAACUUUUAAUUCGAAACGAUUUCUCGGUCCACUGUCAAACAAUUAGAGCAGAAAGGAAAUCACCGAUGCUGAAGCCAUGUCCAAGCAAGAUGCUCCCAUUGUCAUAAGCCUGCUUCACGCAGGCGGAGAAAGCAACAGCGACAGCAGCAACAAGCCAAGAGUCCAUCACAAACAGGUGUUCCAUGAUCCGCGCUUUCAGAUCCGCCCACUGCAGCAGGUUGCGUCAGCAUGCACUGGUGCAAUCAUCACUGCCUUCCUAAUGACUCCGCUGGAUGUGAUCAAGACGCGAAUGCAGUCGCAGCAGUCGCAGUCGAACAAGUGCUUCCUCUACUGUAAUGGCCUGAUGGAUCAUCUGUUCAGGUGUGGCACCCAAGCGCAUCACACAGCCCGCGGCACAUUGACGCCACAUUUUCGCAGCACACUGGAUGCCCUCAUAAAGAUUAGUCGACACGAGGGCAUAGGCGCGCUCUGGUCUGGCUUGGGUCCCACAUUGGUAUCGGCGCUGCCUUCGACUAUCGUCUACUUCGUAGCUUAUGAGCAGUUCAAAGUCAGAUAUAUUUCCCUCUACCAGCGAUACUUUGAACGGUCUCAGAAUCUGAAUCGGAAACCGCCCCUGCUAGUGCCCAUGUUGUCUGGAAUAACGGCUCGCAUUUGUGCAGUCAGCUUUGUCAGUCCCAUUGAGCUGGUGAGAACAAAGAUGCAAUCGGAGCGGCUCAGCUAUGCUCAGGUAAUGCAGUUUGUGCGUAACAUAAUUGCAUUGCAGGGUAUAGCUGGCUUGUGGCGUGGCUUACCCCCUACCAUACUGCGUGAUGUGCCCUUCUCGGGCAUAUAUUGGCCCGUUUACGAGUACCUAAAGUACUGGAUCAGCAAUAGCAGCGAUGAGCACACUUCGUUUGGCUUUAACUUCGUGGCCGGAGUUUUGGCCGGUUCGUUGGCAGCGAUCGUCACAUGUCCCUUCGAUGUGAUCAAAACGCACGAGCAGAUCGCCUUUGGGGAGCGCGUCAUCUUUACGGAUACGCCCAGCAAAGAGAUGAACAAGCAGUCCACCUAUAAUCGCUUAGUGGCCAUCUAUCGUGCCUUCGGCCUGCGUGGACUCUUUGCCGGUUACGGGCCACGACUGUUUAAGGUGGCUCCUGCUUGUGCUAUUAUGAUAUCCACCUUCGAGUAUAGUAAAUUAUAUUUCUUCUAUUACAAUGUGGAACAGCAUAACAAACAGCUGCUGAUUAACAAUCCCAAUGCCAAGUUGGUCAAGUUUGAUGACAUGCAACAGUAAACUUCAUAAAUUGUAUCAUUAUUUCUCUCUUCUUUUUUAUAAAUAAGCUGUGCGUAUAUUUAAUGUCAUAA